GCGGAAGUCACGGGCGGCUGGCGGAGACGUCACUUCCUGUGCGCCCAGUGUUCGCUCGCUGGAUCUGCUGGUGUUGGUGUGAAUCCCACUCUGGACGGUCACGAUGGCGAUGCAAGCGGCGAAACGUGCGAAUAUUCGCUUACCACCUGAAGUGAAUAGGAUUUUAUAUAUCAGGAACUUGCCUUAUAAAAUAACUGGUGAAGAAAUGUACGAUAUCUUUGGCAAAUAUGGACCUAUUCGACAGAUCAGAGUUGGAAACACACCAGAGACCAGAGGAACAGCGUAUGUGGUUUAUGAAGAUAUAUUUGACGCCAAAAAUGCCUGCGAUCAUCUCUCUGGUUUCAAUGUUUGUAACAGAUACUUGGUUGUAUUGUACUACAACGCAAACAGGGCUUUCCAGAAGAUGGAUACAAAGAAAAAAGAGGAACAGCUUAAACUUCUCAAAGAAAAAUAUGGCAUCAAUACGGAUCCCCCAAAAUAAAUCUGUAUUUCCCCCCCAUCGCUAUCUAGUGUAAUUUUGUGAUGUCGUAUUUUACUGUCUGUUCUGUACUGAACCUGACUGCUCUGUAAUAGUCUUCAUAACAAGAUUCAGAAUUUGUGGGCUUAUUUAAAACCUAACAGCACAGAUUACUGAGGUGUUAUUAUUUAAAAACA